AGUGUCGUUACGUAAGUUUGCUAAAGUUGGAAUUUGACUGGCAUACUGUCAAUCAGUAUCAAAAUUCGUCUUUUCUCUUCUUUAGAUUAAAUAAUGGCUGUCCCUGCUCGAAUUUUGGCUAGGUGUAAAGAUGGAUUAAAAUUAACUAAUGUCAGAUUCCAAUCAUGCACUCCUUAUGCGGAAACAAGGAAGAAUUUGGCCCUUACGGCUGAUACUAAAGUCAUUGUACAGGGAUUCACAGGGAAGCAGGGCACUUUCCACAGUCAACAAGCAUUAGACUAUGGCACAAAAGUUGUAGGUGGAGUCUCACCAAAGAAAGCUGGUCAGGAACAUCUUGGGAAGCCAGUUUUUGCCACGGUGAGGGAAGCAAAAGAGGCAACUGGGGCUCAUGCUAGUGUCAUCUAUGUACCACCGCCAGGGGCGGCUGCGGCUAUCAUAGAGGCUAUUGAAGCUGAGAUGCCAUUAAUUGUAUGCAUCACAGAAGGUGUACCGCAACAUGAUAUGGUACGUGUGAAACAUGCCCUCCUUAGGCAGAAUAAGUCUAGACUUGUUGGACCGAAUUGUCCUGGUAUCAUUGCUCCAGAAAAAUGCAAAAUUGGCAUUAUGCCGGCAGCUGUCCACAAGCGUGGUUGCAUAGGUGUCGUCUCACGUUCUGGCACCCUAACCUAUGAGGCCUGUCAUCAGACUACAACAACUGGCCUUGGUCAAACUCUUUGUGUGGGUAUCGGAGGAGAUCCUUUCAAUGGAACGGAUUUCAUUGAUUGUCUAGAAGUGUUUUUGGGAGACCCAGAGACCAAGGGCAUCAUUCUCAUUGGUGAAAUUGGUGGAAAUGCAGAGGAACUGGCAUCUGAAUAUCUUACUCAAUAUAACACUGGUCAGAAAGCGAAGCCUGUUGUUUCGUUUAUUGCUGGUUUAACAGCACCACCCGGCAGACGGAUGGGCCACGCUGGAGCCAUUAUUUCUGGUGGCAAAGGAGGCGCCAUGGACAAAAUUAAAGCUUUAGAAAGAGCCAAUGUUAUUGUCACACGUUCACCUGCAAAGAUGGGUGUGGAACUUCUCAAAGAAAUGAAACGAUUAGAAAUUGUUUAAGAUAAUAUUAUAUUGGUCAUAGUAUACAAUAUUGUAUGUCUAUUUGGUAUAGUUUUUUUUAGAAAUUAUAUUGGUAUUAUUUAUUUACCAUUGUUGUUUCAGUAAUAUUCUUAAGUUGUGCCUAAAGACAAAGUUUAUAAUUAUGUGAGAGGAUCGUUUUUGAUGUUUUUUGCUGUGUACAAUACCAGUUACGUAAUUAUAAUUGCAGAAUGUUGAUUCUAAAUAUCGCACGAAAUUUGUAGUUAGCACCCAAAUGUAGAGAAUAAGAAUAUAAUUAUUAUGUCAUACUUGUAUAAGUGUUACUCGAAAUUUAUAUGAAAUAGUAAAUUAAUCAUCUAAGUUAACAUCCUGUUUCGCUUUACCUGUUGUAUGGUUAAAAAUAUGUAAACAAUACAUGCAUAUGACCACAUACAUAAUUUUUUUAUUUAAAAAAAUGCAACUUUUAUGUACAAUAUUACUAUUGUAUCUAUAUACUAUUCUAACAAUUUUACUUGUGAACUAAUAACUAUAUCAACUUUUGUUGAUUUAUUAACAAGAGGUUACACUAAAAAAAACUUAAAUUUAACCUAUCCUAUGAAGACAGGUACUUCAGAGGAUUGAUAUCACAGUUUGGAUUUAUCAAUCAAUCGAAACAUUAGCGUCAAUUAGAGACCUUCCAAGUGUUAUGUAAGAGUGUGCAUUAAGCACACUCUUACAUAAUACUUGGAAGUACUUUGUGACAAGAUGGAGAAUGUCUUAAUACAUUUAGAUACAAAUUUUAUUCUAACUUGAAUGGUCUGUUUUUAUUGAUGUCUAAUAACUUAUGAUCUACAUUUUGAGAUACUGAUGUCUAAAAGCUUAAUGAUCUACAUUUUGAGAUAAAAUCACCAACGGUCUCUUCUGCCGCCACCUCCGCGUCCUCCACGUCCACCUCGACCUCCUCGACCACCACGUCCUCCUUCAUGUUCCCUCCUUAGUUUCAUACUUUCAAAUCGUUUAGCCAUUAAUUCCAGUUCUUCUGGAAUUUCUUGAUUAGCUUCCUCUAGUAUUUUAAUCAGUUCUCCAGCUUGUGCCCAGUCAUGCCUUGUAACAAAUGUUAGUGAUACUCCAGUUCUUCCUGCACGGCCGGUCCUGCCAACUCUGUGCACGUACUCCUCAAUGUGACGUGGGAAGUCCAAAUUCACAACAUGAGUGAGGUCCUUUAUAUCUAUACCUCUGGAUGCUACAUCAGUUGCUAUUAGAAUGUUGACAGUGCCAUCAACCAUUUCUUCUAAAGCAGCUUCACGGUCACUCUGAUCUCUAUCACCAUGUAAAGAUUGACAUUCUAUACCUUUUAGACAAAGCUCAGUGGUGAUAUGAGUGGCUGUAGCUUUUUUUCCACAAAAUACAAUGACUUUGUCAUUUGGAUCCAUAUUCAUCAAGAAGUCAAAUAAUGCAGGUUCCUUGUCAUCUUCUUCUAAGAAAAGUAGUUUCUGAGUGACUGUGUGUACAGCAGCGAGAUCUAAUGAUCCAACAUUAACUUGGAUAGGAUCUUUCAUAUAGGAUUCUGCAAGUCUUCUUACGCCUGGGGGCCAUGUCGCAGAAGUCAUGACUGUUUGUCUGUCAGGUCGAACAUCAAAGAGAGACUUUCUUAUUUGUGGUUCAAAUCCCAUGUCCAGCAUUCUAUCAGCUUCAUCAAGGACUAUGUAGGAAAAGUUUAUUAUGUUCAAGUGACGGGCCAUCACCAAGUCAUUCAGCCUUCCUGGUGUUGCAAUCACAAUAUCUACACCCUUGGAAACAACUUUAAUUUGCUCUUUGCGGUCUCCACCCCCAUAGAGACAGACUGAUUUAAUACCACGAUACUGAUAUUUAGAGACUUCUUUGUCUAUUUGUAAUGCAAGCUCUCUUGUCGGUGCCAUUAUCAACACAGUGGGUCCCUCUCUUUGUUCCUUUGGGAUAGUUUGUCCAUCAAUGUGUAUGAGAGCAGGUAGUAAGAAAGCUAAAGUUUUUCCUGUUCCUGUUUGUGCUAUGCCAAUCAAAUCCUCACCUCUAAGAAGAAUUGGCCAAGCUUGACUUUGAAUUGGUGAAGGUUGUUUAAAACCUUGCUUGUAAAUUUCAUCCAAAAUUUCUGGGUAGUGCUGGAAUGCUUGUUCAAAUGUUAAUACUGGAUUGGGGAUAGGUCGAAGGCCUGGUUUAUCAUCGAAUGUUCUCUUGACUUGUAUAUCAUGAUUAGCACGACGCCAACGUGCUACUUCAGCUGGUGGCAUAGAGGUAACUGUAGGGUCCUCUUUAUAGAAAUCUUUGACAAUAGGAGGUAAAUUUUGCCAGCGAUUUUGUUGUUCUUGUUCAUAAGCUGCAUUCAGUUUAUCCCAAUCGAUAACUUCAACACCGGAUUCAUUUUUUUUAAGAUAAUCACUAGAUCCAGUGCUAUUAUUAAGAUUUUCUUUAGGAGGAGGAGCAGGCCUGUUAUCUUCAAUUAGUUCGUUAAUCAAGCCUUCUACUUUGCUCACAGCUGCUUCAGAACCAAUUAAAGUUAUUGAAGAGUAAUCACCUUCAGCAUCGCCUAUUUUAAUUUUAGCUCCUGAAUCUUGUUCUAACUCACGAAUUUUGGAUCCGCCUUUGCCAAUUAUGCGACCUACCAUUUGAGAAGGUACAGAUAUAUUUUUUUUGUUACCGUCAUUCUGUUGAUAAUUUCGCCGUUGUGUCGUUCUAACAUCGCCAUUGUUCCCACGUUCACGCCAAUAGCCAUCGUUGCGUCCUCUGCCACCACCACCUCUGCCUCGGCUUGGACGGUAUUCACGAGACUGGAAUCUAUUUUCUUGAGGUGCCGGUGCGGAGGCAACUGCAACAUCGUUUUCUAGCCAUUCGUCUUCAAAAUUCAUAUUGAAAGUAAUAAAAUUGGAACAAGACCUUUAUAUUGAUUUUCCUCCGAACAACUUUUGAUACUAUUCACUUAUUUAUCAACGGAGAAAACCUCUCUGCUGUUAGCUUUGUCAACUAAAUUUCGGGAGAGCUUCGGCUAGUUUGAGUUUACCGAAAGAAAAUAC